AUGGCUCUCCGCAUGCAGCAGAAGGCCACCGUGGCCCGUGCCGCCCCCAGCGUGCGCUGCUCGGUGGCGCGCCCCAGGCUCAGCGUGCGCGCCAGCGCCCAGAAGCAGGAGCGCGCUGUGGCCGCCGUGACCGCGGGCGUGAUCAGCGGCGUGGGCGCCAUGAUGGCCUCCCCCCUGGUCGCUGAGGCCGCCGUGACCCCCUCCCUCAAGAACUUCCUCUACUCGCUGAUUGCGGGCGGCGUGGUCCUGGGCGGCAUCGCCGUUGCCAUCACCGCGGUGUCCACCUUCGACCCCGUGAAGCGCGGUUGA